AUGGAGAGACAGACAGAGGGAUUGAGAGACAGACGGAAGAAAUGGAGGGACUGGGGAUUGAGAGACAGAGACGGAGGGAUGGAGGGACUGGGGAUGGAGAGACAGGGACGGAAGAAAUGGAGGGACUGGGGAUGGAGAGACGGAGGGAUGGAGGGACUGGGGAUGGAGAGACAGAGACGGAAGAAAUGGAGGGACUGGGGAUGGAGAGACAGACAGAGGGAUGGAGGGACUGGGGCUGGAGAGACAGACAGAGGGAUGGAGGGACUGGGGAAGGAGGGACAGGCGGAGGGAUGGAGGGACUGGGGAUUGAGAGACAGACGGAAGAAAUGGAGGGACUGGGGAUUGAGAGACAGAGACGGAGAGAUGGAGGGACUGGGGAUGGAGAGACAGGGACGGAAGAAAUGGAGGGACUGGGGAUGGAGAGACGGAGGGAUGGAGGGACUGGGGAUGGAGAGACAGAGACGGAAGAAAUGGAGGGACUGGGGAUGGAGAGACAGACAGAGGGAUGGAGGGACUGGGGCUGGAGAGACAGACAGAGGGAUGGAGGGACUGGGGAAGGAGGGACAGGCGGAGGGAUGGAGGGACUGGGGAUGGAGAGACAGACAGAGGGAUGGAGGGACUGGGGAUGGAGAGACAGACAGAGGGAUGGAGGGACUGGGGAUGGAGAGACAGACAGAGGGAUGGAGAGACAGGGACGGAAGAAAUGGAGGGACUGGGGAUGGAGAGACAGAGAGAUGGAGGGAUGGAGGGACUGGGGAUGGAGAGACAGAGACGGAAGAAAUGGAGGGACUGGGGAUGGAGAGACGGAGGGAUGGAGGGACUGGGGAUGGAGAGACAGACGGAAGAAAUGGAGGGACUGGGGAUGGAGAGACAGACAGAGGGAUGGAGGGACUGGGGCUGGAGAGACGGACAGAGGGAUGGAGGGACUGGGGAUGGAGAGACAGACAGAGGGAUGGAGGGACUGGGGCUGGAGAGACAGACGGAGGGAUGGAGGGACUGGGGCUGGAGAGACAGACAGAGGGAUGGAGGGACUGGGGAUGGAGAGACAGACAGAGGGAUGGAGGGACUGGGGCUGGAGAGACAGACGGAGGGAUGGAGGGACUGGGGAUGGAGAGACAGACAGAGGGAUGGAGGGAUUAG